AAUUUUUUAAUAAAUUCUAUUAGCUUAAAAAGUAUACAAUAAAAAUGUCUGAGAAUAAUGAUACCUCCAACGAAUCAAACAGUCUUGGUAGCGAUUCAAUUCUGCAGUCAUCGAGGUUAACUGGCGGUGGUGUAAAUCCGGUUAUACGUUCGGGAGUAUUGCGACCGUCAGUACUUGGUCCGUCAGUUUUGGGUGCCGCAGCGCUGGGCAACAGCAACAACAAUUCGCUUGCCAAUGUGAAUGCAAAUUCGAUUUCCAAUUCAACAGCUACUAGUAAUAAUGGUGAUGACGAAGAGGACUCUGUAAGUAGCACAACCAAUCAUAAUCCUUUCAUGCGGGAACAGAAGGACGAUGAGGAGGAGGAGAGCACAGAAAAUGAUUCAAAUGCUGCAGAAGGAGCUGUAGGAGGCGAACCAGCCAAUGACAAGGCGACGGAGGAGAAGAAGUCGACAGACGAUGAUGAACCGGAUGAACGGUCAGAUCCUUUAAGCUUGCUUCGCAAAAAUGGUCUCGAGCGAUCAAAUCUUUUUGCCGCGGCCAAAAGUUCUAUGCCGCUGGUGGAAAAAUCAGGUUUUGUUUUUGGACAAAAUGUGCAUGAACGUGUUGUUGGUGAGAAUAUCAAUCCUGAUGGUGUACAGAAAGCAGACAAUUCCGAGGCCAGCUGUUCUACAACUGGAGAAUUGUUGUUUUCGAGUGUUAUACAAAAUGCAGCAAAGGCAGUGGAGUCUGACAAAGGUGCCACGCCAAAAGAGAAUGAAACAAAGACACUAACUGAUGUAGCGCGCGAAUACGAAGAAAGUCGUGCUCAAAAGCGCAAAUACGAGGAGGUGGAAACAUUCACAGGCGAAGAGAAUGAAAUAAACAUUGUCGAUGUAAAUUGUAAGUUAUUUGCCUUCGUCAACAGCAACUGGGAGGAGCGCGGGCGUGGCAGCCUUCGUUUGAAUGACUCUAAAAAUGAGCAAGAAUGCUCUCGUGUUGUGUUUCGUACAUCGGGCAAUCUGCGCCUUUUGCUUAAUACAAAAGUUUGGGCUGGUAUGGUGGCUCAACGUCCAAGCAACAAAUCACUGCGCCUUACUGCAAUGGACAAUACUGGUAAAAUCAAAAUAUUUUUAGUGAUGGGGCGUCCGGCGGACAUGACGCUACUGCAUAAAGAAUUAUUAGAGAGAAUUGAACUCCGAAAAAUAUCACAUCCAGAAGAAUGCCGUGCGCCGACAGAAACGAAAAAUGGAAUAGGAUCAACAGCCAAUCAUGAAGAGGAGGCAAAAGAAGCUGAAGCCACCGCUGUACCAGAUCACGAAGAUUGCACAGAGCCAAGUCCCAAAAAGCCAUUGGUUAAUGAGGGAAAGAACUAAUACACCGUUUUUAUAAAACAAAAAGAAAAGUAAUAUAAAUAAUAAACUCUUAAUUUAUAUUUUGGAAAAGAAAAAAAAUAUAAUAAGUAUUUGAAGAUUUGAAAAUUGAAUGCACACAACAUGGACUGCAUAAAUCCUGCUAAUGAAUUUUAAAAAACUCAAUAUGUCCAAAUUAAACGAAAAACUGAUAAAGUGACGGUUAUGGCUAAAUGC